AUGCCAUUCGAAGGACCAAGAGUAUCCAACCAACCCUCGGUGUUUCGACAACAUUUCUAUGGCAACGAUUACAACACAUUUGUCAGUUACUACUCACCUCUUGGUCCCGUGGCGAUGACCAUCAGAUUGGAUGGAGAGAUCUACAAAUGCCUUGUCUACACUGAGAAGGGCUAUGAACUGGUGGAAAUUCCAAAGUGGAGUGUCUACAGGAACUGCUGGCGAUUCAUCUUCAAUCUUGACCCGACCUCCUACCAUGUGAUGUGUCAUAUCAAGCCAGAGCUCAAGAACUUCAAGUUGCCCAAGUUAAAGUUACCAAACAUUGAAGAUGAACUUCUCAAGAUCUAUGAACCAGACUUUUCCAAAGUAAUGAAGGUUGGAAUACUCUACUGCAAGGAAGGACAGAAUAAUGAAGCCGACAUGUUGUUCAAUUUGUCCCAAAAUGCCAGUGCAGAGUACAAUGAGUUCCUAAACUUACUAGGUGAGAAGAUUCCAUUGGUUGGUUUCUCUGGAUACAAUGGUGGUUUGGAUACAGUUCAUGGCAACUCUGGAAGUCAUUCUGUGUACACCAAACACAAUGAUGUUGAGAUCAUGUUCCACGUAUCUACCAUGCUACCCUUCUAUCCAAACGAUCCAAAGCAGAUUGAGAGAAAGAAACAUCUUGGUAAUGAUAGGAUGAUGAUCGUAUUCAGUGACUCGGGCAAGUAUGCCCCCAAUUGUAUGAAGUCAAAGCAGACCCAAACUGUGAUCCUAGUCCAACCCUAUAGAGGUGAUCCAACUUCACCUACCUCUAUUGCCAUGGGCAAAACUGUUUCGCCCACUUGCACUUCACCUGAUGAGAGGAUACCAUUGACAUCAGCAGCAGUCGAUCAGAAUGAGUAUGCCAACAAACAUCAUGGCACUACUCAGGAUGCCAGGUUCAGACAGUUCCUCCUUGACAAACUGAUCAAUGGAGCAAGCUCCCUCCGUCAAGCGCCAGUGUUCCAAACCAAGACACAGAGAGAGAGGACAUUUGUCUUUUUGAACUUUGUAAACAAGAACACAAAGAAUCCAACGUGA